UCCUAUUUCUUCAUCAACCUCACAUAUAUCCAAAAUGUCCGCCAUUCACGUUCCCCGAGCCCUCUUCGGCCUGACCAUCCCGUGUGAUGGCAGUGAGAUCCCCGCCACCCAGAAGCCCAUGAAGAUCCGUCUUACCAUGGCUGCGAUUGACCCAUUCGAUGAGCCAGAAAACGAUUCGGCGAAGCAAAUCGCCACUCUUUAUAUGGUUCGGGACCCGAUCUGGCGACAACUGGGCCCUGAUAUGGAUGGCGAGUCCCUGGACUCCGACGACAUCGAGGGGAUCAUGGGAAGGUUGCCUCUCGGCAUGGACUCGGACGAGGAUAUGUCAGAUGACGAUGAAGAGUCAAACGCUGGCCCCAGCGACCCGGCAAAGGCUAAGGCUGCGCUGAGGAAAGCUCUCUUGGCGGACUCGGAGCUUGCAGAUGCCAUGGACGAGGACCUGCUUGCGGAGGUUAACGGCACCAAGGUCAAUAAGGGCAAGGGCAAGCUCGUCGAUAUGGACAUUUCCGAUGACGACGAGUCCGAUGACAUGGAGGAUGACGACUUCGCUGAAGAAGUUGUGAUCUGCACUCUUGACCCCAAUCAGCAUUGCCAACAGCCGCUGGACGUCCAGAUCAGCCACUUUGACGGAGUUUCAUUCAGAGUCAAAGGCAACUUCAACGUCCAUCUUACCGGCAACUAUGUCCUAUCAGAGGAAGACGCCGAGGAGGAGGAAGAGGAGGAAGACGAAGAGGGCAUGCCUACCGGCCCUAAUCGCGAGCUCCUCACCAUCCUCAAAGCCAUUGGCGAGACCGAACAAUCCGACGAGGAGGACAUGUACGGUGAUUUCGAGGGCGAGUCGGGAGACGACUCGGAAUUCGACGAACUCGAUAACCUCCAGGCUCAGCGCGUCACCGAGGUCGAUGAGGACGAAGAGGAGGCCCCGAAGCUGAUCAAGGCCAAAGGCAAGGAUAAGAGCAAAGGCAAGAAGCGCCCCGCCGAGGAGGAUGAGGAUAUCAAUGCUUCUCUCGACGAUAUCAUCAACAAGUCCCUCAAGCCGGAGGCCAAGGCCGCCGAGCAGCCGCUGAGCAAGAAGCAGCAGAAGAAGCUGAAGAACAACGCUGGCCAAGCCGUCGCUGCCGCCAGCACCGCCGACAAGAAAGACGCGGUCAAGGAACAGGCGAAUGGGAAGAGCGACAAGAAGGUCCAGUUCGCGGAGAAGCUCGAGCAAGGCCCGACGAACCAGAAGGCUACCAAGGCCGAUGCCAAGGCCAACGGCGUGAACGGCAAGGCUGAUGCAAAGGCGGAGAAGGGAAAGCCCGUCCUCGGCGUCAAGACCAUCCAGGGCGUCAAAAUCGACGACAAGAAGCUCGGGACCGGUCCGCACGCGAAGAAGGGCGAUCGCGUCGGCAUGCGCUACAUCGGGAAGCUUGACAAGAAUGGCAAGGUCUUCGAUGCCAACAAGAGCGGCAAACCAUUCAUGUUCAAACUGGGCACCGGCGAGGUGAUCAAGGGCUGGGACAUCGGUAUCGUCGGAAUGAACGUGGGAGGAGAGCGUCGCAUCACGAUCCCCGCCAACUUGGCCUAUGGAUCACAGUCUAUCCCUGGCAUCCCGGCGAACUCCACUCUGGUGUUCGACAUCAAGAUGAUCUCGAUCAACUAAGCGGCUGAUUGUCAGGACUGACCGGCGUCGACGAUGGUAACGGCCGCAUAAAUAUGCAGGCAUCAGCUUCGUGAUUAAUUGCUGGUCCCUGGUCUCCAUUUUCCAUUUUCCGUUUUUCUCUGCUCUGCUCAGGUAUACUUCCUAUGGCGAGGUGGUUUCCGAUGGGCGAUCACAACUUCCUGGCGUUGAGCUUGUUGAAGGUUACCGGCCGUUUACUCCGUUCUGGUACGAGAGUUCGGGUUGAGAAGUGACGAGGGGGACCAAAAAGUGUUUGCAAUCAUUGCUCGUGUAUAUAUAUUUCGGAAUCAAAAACCCAGCGGGAUCAAUAUCGUCGUCAUCCACUCUAGUGAUUUCGCGAUAUCAGUCACGGGCCACAAACAAAUUAGGGGUAUUCGGACGCGCAACUUUCUAGUUCCAACGAGGGAAGCGUUACAGAUCAUUCAAUAAACUCGAGGCCUGGUGUUAAUAUGGUGAG